AUGUUUCGUUGACUGUGAUGAAGUGAAUCCAAACUCUGGAAGGUUCCAGUGAAGGCGGUCGGCCAUGUUCAGUCAGUGUUUGUAGAAGUCUCUACUUUAUGUUCUUAAAGGAUGAACCUGAAAGACACCUGAAUGUGUUGUACCACCAUGAUUAUUUACACCAGUCUGUCUGUCUGUCUGUCUGUCUCCAGGUUCUGGAGGAGCUGUGUCAGAAGAAUAACUGGGGUCAGCCCAUCUAUCAGCUCCACUCUGCCAUCGGUCCGGACCAGAGACAACUCUUCCUCUACAAGAUCACCAUCCCAGCUCUGGCUACCCAGUACCCCAACGUACAUCCCUUCACGCCUGCUAAGCUGUGUGCAGCCGUAGAAGAAGCUAAAGUGCAUGCAGCCGAGCACACUCUGCAGACGCUUGGCUUGCAGACGGAGGGCGCCGCCGACGUCGGCUGUGCUGCUGCCGCUGCCGUGGCCUCGGUAGCCUUCCCAGGUUACGCUCUGGCGAGCCCGGCAGCGUCGGCGGUGGCGUCCCAGCUGAAGCAGGCCGUGUCCCUGGGUCGGGACCUGACGGCCUACACCACCUACGAGGGAUACCCGGCCUUCGCUGUGGCGACGCGUCACACCGACGGAUACGGCGUUUUCUAAAAAGGAGAGAAAACAUCUCACAGCUCGAGACGCGUUCACACCAAACUGCUUUAUUCUCCAAACAAGAGUUUCAGAAACAGACCUGACGUGAUCAGCUCCAUCAGGACUCAGAAACUAAAGCAGAAUAGUGGGAAUGCACCUUUAUUAAGAGAAGUCCACCGUGGACUCUGUUUUGGACUCGCCGGUCGCCCAGAAACAUGAUUUCUCACCCGUUAAAUCUUCUUUCUUUCUUCAUAUUAUCUAUCAUAUAUGAAUUAUGCGUCCGUACAUAUCUGGGAUUAUUCUGGGAUUGAUUAAGUAGCUGGAUUGUGAUUGGCUGUCGGUUAAGACUCUUGUUUGUAUGUUUUUAUGUUUAUAUUGAGUAUUCAAAAACUCAAUCAGCGAAAUAGAUUUAGUUCUUCUAUGCUUUGUUGUAACCGUAGCUAUUUUCUCUAAGAUAACUGGGAUUUGUAGUUCUUUUCAAUGUCUUUCAACUGGAAACUACCUUUUGACCAUUUCAGCGUUUUUUUCCUGUCUGUACAUUACAACUGAAAUUUGUCGGAUUUAAAAAUUGAAACUCUGUUUUAGUCACUGAGGCACCCUGGACUUUGUAGUUACAAACUGUGACAAUGUAGUUUUUAGAUUGUGGUGUCAUGAGCUUCUUGUCCCUCAUCUUGUCCCUCAUCGGGUUUUCUGCCGUCCUGUGAGGUGCUCAACGUGCACUGAGAGACAGAAGCUUCUUUACGACUUAUGACUGAAACUAAUGAAUUCUAAUCAGCAUUUAAAGAAACUCCUGAAUGUAAAACUCAGAGCAGGAACAUCAGCUUCAGGUCGCCUCGGUUCUUCGGGGAGUUUCACUUGUUGAUAUUUCUGCAUGUUUCAGUAUUUUCACAUCGUGUGUCGUCUGUUCCACUGAACAAAAGAUCAGCUGUGACCCUAAAACUCAGAACAUAGAACCUCCAGAUUAUCUUCAUAGUUGUCAACGACUCUUAUGACAUCUUAGGAAACGUUUAUUUUUCAUGCAUUGUUCCACAAACGUCCAGCAACACGAUCAGAGCGUCUGUGGAAACCUCUGCAGAGUUCAGGUUGAAAUAACUCCAGAAGUUACGUGAUAAUUAAAUCAACGUUGACUUCUGGUUUCACUCGGGACACAAACAGAUCCUUCAGCCAUGGACACGCCGAAGCAGAGACAGUAUUAAAGUGUGUGAAGCACUUAGAACUUAUUUUUAUACCAGGAAUAAAUAUCCAGACGCUAUUUUGUAUAGAGUUAUUGUGCAUUCUCUAAUGUGAAAGUGAAUCAACGUUAAUCUGUGAUGAACAGAGAGAAUUGUGGGUAUUCUGGAGGAGUUUCAUAUGAAAGGAAACUGCUUUGAUGAAUUGUGAUGUUUCAUGAUCCGUAAUCUGACAGAAAUAAAGAGACUAACAGAAAUCUGAAGAA